AUGAUACCGGAUCCAAGCUCAUCUAUUUACAACUUACCGGCCUUCAAUCCAAGAUCACUAAGAUCACUGAAAACACCAUUCGCCGCUGAGCUUAACCCAACAGGAAAGGAAAUGACUAAAUUUACUGAUUGUGAUCAACUUAUGACCAGAAUUAAUCAAUCGCCGUCUCAUUGUAUCGUUUUUAUUGGUUUACCUGGAGCCGGUAAAUCAACUUUUUUUAAUGAACUUUUAUCAACCAAAGGCUAUUUUCGGAUUAAUCGAGAUGAAUUAGGAACCAUGGACAAAUGUACAAGAGAAUUUGAGAAAUAUGUAAAAUCAUCGACGUCCAAUCAAACAAAACUGGUCAUUGAUAAUCUCAAUGUAGAUUUAGUGAGUCGAGGCUCUUGGUUAAGUUUGUGUAAAGUUCAUAACUUAACACCGAUUGCAUUUCAAUUUAACAUUAGUCGUGAACAUGCUAUUCACAAUAACAAUUAUCGCCGAUUGUUAAAUCAAAUGAGUCCAAAUAGUACUAGUCAAUCAGUUCCCGAAUGGUUGAUUAGUAAACACUCAAAAAAUCUCGUUCAACCAACAAUUAAGGAAGGAUUUUCUUCACUGUUCAAAAUUAACUUUUCUCCCAAUUUUGGUGAUCGUGAUGAUCGAGAAAUUGAAUUGUAUUACAUGUAUCUCAAUGAAAAAUGA